AUGGCGUAUUAUGAAGAAAAAAAGAGGAAAAGAAAACAAAAUAUCUCGUAUCAAAUACACAUGAUGAAGGAGAAAAAGGACAUGACAGCACAGGUGCAGAGAGGACAGCAGAAGAAACAUAACAAAAGAAAUAGAAGAGAAAAGAAAAAGAAAAAGGCUUCUCCUCUAUUCUCCUCCAUCCUCCAUGCUUUCCCACCGCUCGCAGUCCCAGACGGAAAUAAUGAAAAAAUGGAAAAAAGAAAAUGUGUAGUAAAAAAAGGGGGGGAAGGCGGAAGUGGGAUAUCAACAGAAACCACCCGAGUUUCCGAUAAGGCAUAA